AUCCCUCUAAGAACAUUACAAAGGUGGCGGAAUAAAGUAAGGGCUUCUUUGGAUGAAAAUAAUUCCAUUAUAUUUGUAGAAGAAGGCUCAUCUACAGGUAUCAAGGAUCAGACCGUACAUGAAAGCAAUAGCUCAGCUGACUCGGAAGAAAAAAGCCUACUACUAGUAGAUGACGAUGGCAGCGAAUUGGAAGAAAACGAUGAUGAUGAAGGAGCAGAAGAAGACGCUGAAGAAGAGGAUGAAAAUAAUGUUAGUGACAUUGAGAGGAACUGCAGUUCGGAGAGUAGUUAUGAGGUUGGUGACAAUCAAGACAAUCAAAAUGACGAGGUAGUUGAAACAUAUAGUAUGUUGUAUGAGAAUAGCCCAAAAAGUACAGAUGAAUGUGUCUUAGCUGUUUUCGAAUUGUACAUUAAACACAGGAUGACGAAAGAGAAUUUAAAAAAUACUUUGUUGACAAUUUGUAAUAUGCUUCCACAGCCGAAUAAUAUGCCUAAAUCUUGUUUUCAGUUAUUUCAGUAUACUCGAAACAUCGCUCCUCAGUGCUCUGUCACGGAACACUUCUAUUGUAAAACGUGUCUUUUUUAUGAUAAUAAUAUCUUUGUUAACAACUGUUGCCGAGUAUGUUUAUCAGGCGGCGGUAGAUCGGUAUUUUAUGAAUUGGAUAUAUCGCAGCAAAUUAGACAUAUGUUUGAGCAUAGAAAUCUUGCUGAGAUUUUAAAUCAAUCGAAGUGUCGUGAUCGCGAUCCAAAUGUAAUUAGCGACAUUACUGAUGGAACAGAAUAUAUUAGAGUAAAUUGUAGAAGGGAAAAAGGAGUGUAUGAUUUAACUUUAAUAUUAAAUACUGAUGGUGUUUCAUUAAUGAAAAGUUCAAAGGCUCAGUUUUGGCCAUUAAUGUUUAUGAUAGCUGAAAUCCCAGAGUAUCUUCGGGAAUCUUUCUUAGUCGUCACUGGUUUGUGGUAUGAUGAACGCAAACCGUUAAUGAAUACUUAUCUUCAACCGUUUUGUUCAAAAUUACAAGAUUGUUUUAAUGCCGGCGUUAAUUGGAUUGAUCCAAAGACUAAUGAGAGUGGCAAUUCUAAAAUUGUAGCUCCAUUGAUAGUGGCUGAUGCCCCAUGCAGAGCAGAGAUGCAAAAUAUUUCCUAUUAUAACGGACGUUUUGGCUGUAAUAAUUGCGAAAUUAAAACCAAAAAGUGUACAGUUGUGGAAACUGGUAAAAAGUGGAUUCGUAUAUAUCCUUUCAUCAACGAAAUUACUCUAAGAACAGGAGAAAAGAUGGAAAAACAAGGGAAAAAGCAGCCAAACAGAAUACUAUUAUUAAAGGUGUAAAAGGAAGAUCAAUU